AUGAAGAAGGUAGAUGAAGUGAAGAAGGAAGUUGACAUUGGAGUUGCUCUUAAAGGAUCAUCAACUGAAGAUUCAAUGGCUAUGUUGUCAAGACAGUUUACUAAAUAUCUGAAACGAAAGGGAAAAGAGAGGAAGGAUAGAAUUGAUGAAGAGUUGAGAAGUUCAUCAAAGAAUGUGCAAUAUGAAGAAGAAGAAGAUCUGAAGAAUUUUGUGGCUUGGACAACUGUCAAUUCUAGUUCAGAUAUAGAUUCUGCGUCAGUCUCUGAAUUAGUGUCUGCAUCAGUGUCUGCAACAGGGUCUGCAUCAGCAUCUGCAACAGGGUCUGCAUCAACAUCUGCAACAGGGUCUGCAUCAGCAUCUGCAACAGGACCUGUAAUUAAAAGUGAAAACGAUGAAUGUGAUAGUGAUGCAGAGAGUGUUGAUGAUGAAGAAUUUGCUGAGAAUUAUAGAGCCUUAUAUGAGCAUUGGCUUAAAAUGGUUGAAGAGAAUUCAGUGUUAACUAAGGAGAAACUCAAGUUAGAGGCUAAAGUCAUUGAAGUACAGAAAUAUGCUGCAGAAAAAGAAGAAGAAGCAUCACAAGCCAAAGUACAACUUGAAGAAACUCAAAAGAAUUUGAGGAUGCUUAAUAAUGGCACAAAGAAGUUGGAUCAUAUUCUGAAUAUUGGCAAGAUUGAUAAGUGUGGCCUUGGAUUUGAAGGAAAACUUUCAAAAUCAGAUCCAGUGUUUGUUUAUGGUGGAAAAAUCACGUCUGGAUCAGGAAGUGUGUCAGAAACUGCAACUAUGGCAGAGACUGCAUCCGGUACAAGAACUACUACGAGAACUGGUACAGAGUCUGAUACAGGAAAAGUUAAAGAACUGCAGAGUGCACCUCAACGAGUUUUUCGACCUGUUUGCCAUCAUUGUGGUAUUGUUGGGCAUAUUAGGCCAAGGUGUUUCAGAUUGUUGAGGGAGAGAAAUCGAAUGGAGAAUGCUUAUGAUAAGAGAUUUCAUGGUCCUACAUGUUAUCAUUGUGGAGUUCAAGGGCAUAUUAAGAGGAAUUGUUUCAGAUUCAUUCGAGAAUCCAGUCAUGAAGGCUUAAGGCGCAGGAAGAUUUGGGUUAGGAAAGAUGAUUUCUAUGGAGGUGGUGUACUAGGCUAUCAACCUCGUAUUGCAAAGCGGGGAGAAUUUUCUAAGUAGUUUUGACCAUGUUGUGACUCAUUCAGGGGGAGAAUGAUGAUGUGUUUCGUGAUGUUGUUUUGGAGUUAGAACUGUUGAGUUCACAAACAUAGUCAAAAAGGGGGAGAUUGAAGAUGUAGCUGCAGUCUGAUUAAGUUGUUGAAUGAGUCAAGAAG